AUGGCAGCUCGUGUCCUUUCUGUCUGUGUCUGCUGCCUGCCCGCGGCCUUUGCGCCACUGCCCUGGCUUCCCACACUGGCCUUGGUCUGGCCACUCAGCACCACUGUCUACCCUGAGGGAACCCGGAGGAGGUCCCAGACUCUGCAGCCCUCCCUGGCCCUCAUGCAGGUCACACACUUGUGCCUCCAGUACAGUGGCAUACCCCCUUUGACGGUAGAGGGAAUUAAGAACCGAGUGCUGUGUGUCUUGAAACUCUAUGACAAGACUGACCCAGAAAAGCUCUCAGUAAAUUCUCAUCUUAUGAAGGACCUGGGCUUAGACAGUUUGGACCAAGUGGAGAUUAUUAUCGCCACGGAAGACAAACUUGGAUUUGAAAUUCCUGAUAUAGAUGCAGAGAAGUUGAUGUGUCCACAAGAAAUUGUAGAUUACAAUGAAGAUAAGAAGGAUGUAUAUGAAUAA